CAUAAGCACAUAUCUACUUUAUCUCUAUUCUAAAGAAUUCUAAUGCGUAAUUUGUUUGUUGGAAGUGUGCUAAAAAUAUUUUGUGGUUUAAAGUGAGUUAAAUUUUUUAUUAAAAUGAGUAGCAAAAGGCAUGUGAAAAGACUUAUUAAAAAUCAAAGAGAGUUGUAAGUAAAUAGUUUAAUAGAUGAAGAAUCCCACAGAAAUUCUGAAGCUUGUCGGCCAGAUCUCUUAGAAGAAAAUGACGCAGGCACAAAUGUCGACGUAGCCUCUCCUCUGCCGGUUGUAGAAAAUGAAAGUACUUGUCCAGAAACUCCAUUCGGAAGUGACGAUUCACUUGCGCAUACAGAAGCAAACUCCUUUAGAGAUAAAAUUUUAGCUUGGUACAUAAAAAAUAGGCCGCCGCGAAAAUCUUUUGAAGAGUUACUUUCCAUUUUGAAAGCACAAAAUUUAGAUGUACCGAGAUGUGCGGAAACGCUUUUUUCUAAAAAAAGACAAAAGGCAAUCAUUGGCAAUGUUGAACCAGGCUUAUAUUGUCAUAUUGGCUUAAGUACUCAGCUGGAGAAAGUUUCCUAUAUAAUUGGUGACGUUGAUAAGAUUUUGAUAGACAUUAAUAUUGAUGGUUAGCCAUUAUUUAAAAGCCCUCGGGCUCAAUUGUGGCCAAUUUUGGUAAGACUAGUGGACUUUAAAGAAGUCUCUGUAUUUCCCAUCGGCAUUUAUGUAGGAAAUAAAAAACCAAAUGAUGUAUCUGAGUUUUUGAAGCCGUUUGUGAUGGAAAUGCAAGGCAUAUUACAAAAUAAUAUUAACGUGAGUGGAAAGUUCGUCGCAGUUGAAAUAAGGGCAUUAGUUUGUGAUGCCCCUGCCAGAGCUUUUGUUUGUGGUACGCCCAGUCAUGUAUCUUCUCAUGGUUGUGGCAAAUGUACACAAAUCGGAAGAAAGUUGAAUAAUGUCCUGGUAUAUAGUUCAGAGCCAGGAGAGUUAUUAACUGACGACGAUUUUUUAAGGAGGAAAUAUGCAGGACAUCACAAUAAGAAAUUUAGAAAUACCAUGACUCCUCUAGAAAACAUUGGUGUGAAAAUGAUAACGCAAAUAGCUUUAGACAGCAUGCAUUUACUAGACCUGGGAGUAAUGCGAAAAUUUUUGUUGCGAUUACUUCAAGAUAAAGUGAAUGUAAAGGUAGAGAAAAUAAAAAAGAAAAAUAUGUCUGAAAUUUUAAAAUCUUUAUCUCCCUUUAUAACUAAAGAAUUCGUAAGGAAACCCAGGUCCAUGGAUGAAAUACUAAACUGGAAAGCAACAGAAUUUCGCCAAGUGCUACUCUAUACGGGUAUUCUUAUCUUCAAAGACAAUGUUCGUGAUGUAGGCUACUUUUUUGCCCCAAAUCUUACAUGAACAAUCUGUCGGUUGCAAAUAACAUGCUUUCAUUGUUUGUUGUAAACUUUUCGCAGGUUUUUGGAGAUUGUAGUGUAACUCACAACGUUCAUCAAAUAAUGCACUUAACGGAAAACAUAAAAUCAUUCGGGCUAUUGUCGAGUUAUUUGGCUUAUGAUUUUGAGAACUAUUUACAAAUAUUAAAAAAAUAUGUUAAAAAACCAACACAUAUCCUCCAACAAAUUGUAAAUAGUGUAAAUCAAGACAGUUUCAUAGUAAAGGAAAAGCCGAAAGGGUUCAAAGUUUUCAAAAGUAAGGGCUUAUGCUUCUUUUUUAAAGACAGUAUCUUUACGUCAAAAAAACCUGACUGCUUCUGUCUCAUAAAACCUUAUAUACCGAUAGAAAUUCAAGGGUUUUCAAGUGACAGAAAGUUAGUAAUAGGGAAAAAGUUUAAAAAUUUGAGAAGUUU